CUACUGGAAAUUACAAUAUUGAUAUCUUCGAUGAGGUCAUGACCUCAGUUGGACCGUUCCCCACCCUGGCCUUCUACGCGCUCUCUUCUCUUUUUCUCUUUCUGUCUGUUUUACCUAUCGUUUUGCUUCUUCCAUGCUCUUCUCUGUAAACUUAGAAGGGAGAGACAGGAAAGAGAGAAAGAGAAAGAGAGACGCACGCAGAUUCCACAGUCGCCGACAAUCUCGCGGACAGUUCAUCUCCGUCGUUAAAAAGCUGGACAUCGAAUACUCGAUAUCCUUGUGGCUCUCAUCUCUCGUCAGUGAUGAAUUUUGGUUUCGUUCCGGUUGUAAUUUUUCUGACGCUUGAUGUGGUCCCCGUCCGGUUCACUGAUGGCUCUUCGGAGAAGUAUUUAGUUGAACUCAGUCCGAACAUCAGCCAGAAUCCUUUUCUCCAAUCCGUAACUUCUACCAGUGCUCAAAACAGCAACAAACUUGGAAACCUCUUGUCACAUAGUUCUCCAUCACAUGCUCCAUCACAGGCUCCUCCCAAUGCAGCGCAUUCUAAUGGAGGAGGUCACCCUCCAGGCUACUCUCCAAGUAGCUCCAGUCUCUCUGCAGGCUCACGUCCAUCAUUGGCGGAUCUGAUAUCUUACCAGAGGAAUGCAGAGAAAUCAAAAUCAGAAUCUAAGUGCGCUGAAUAUGCGGGAGAAUUUGCGGGCUCGACCUUCGUAACGUCUCUGACCGGUUCAUCGUCAUCCGCGCUCAGAGUGAAUAAUGUUUGUGAGAAAAGGAAUCAUUUGGUGGUCGGUGGGGACGAGGCCUUGGUCGGCGAGUUCCCUCACAUGGUCGCUUUAGGUAGACCUGGUUCCAAGUUCCAAGUGAUGUGUGGCGGCACGCUGAUAUCGCAUACCUGGGUUCUUUCCGCUGCGCAUUGUACUUUUGGACCAGAGGACGGAUUUCCAACUCACGCAAGGAUAGGCUUCCAUAAUGUGACGGAUCAGAAUGCCAUCAUAACGGCCAUUAAAAAUACGAUAAGACAUCCGCAGUACGAUCCACCCAAAAUGUAUGCGGAUAUAGCUCUGGUGCAACUUACAGAUAGAGUCACGUUCAGUAACGAAUCUAUACGACCCGCCUGUCUUUAUCAGGUAUACGAUACCGUACCUGAAAAAGCCUGGGUUAGCGGCUGGGGCCGUACCGAAUACGUUGGAGAUAUUAGCGAUGUACUGCUAAAAGCUGAAUUGAAUGUAGUAGACAAUUUGGAGUGCACGAGAAAGCACAGUAGUUCCUUAGAAGUUCCAGAGGGUAUCAGACCGAGUAUGAUCUGUGCCGGUGAUCCUAGUGGUAAAAAAGACUCUUGCCAAGGAGAUUCCGGUGGUCCUCUCCAAAUAAUCCAUCCUAACAAGUGUCUCUUCCAAGUGGUCGGUAUUACCAGCUUUGGUCAGCCCUGUGGGUUGACCACCAUCCCCGCCGUUUAUACCAAAGUGUCCCAUUACAUUACAUGGAUCGAAAGUAUUGUUUGGCCGUGAGGACAAUAAUCGUAGUUUAUUCGACUUUUGCGAAAGAAUAUUGGAACGUAAGAAUAGAGAAAUUGCGAGGAGAUAUGGAUUAUAGACUGUGGGACUGACAGACUUAAGCUUCAAAAAUCA